UGUCCACUGCCACUAGUGAAGGUGUACUGGGUACAGUGCCCUCAUUUACCAUGCAUUGCCUGCUGCUGCUCUAGAGGGAGGGCUCCUAUAGGAACAUACAGUCCUAACUGCCUAUAUGACUGUAUAGUGGACGCAGCAAGAAGCCAUCGAGCACUUGUCAGUGACAGCUCCUCCACCAGCCUGUGCUGCCCACUGUCACAUCUUCUACAUCUGGUGCCACCAGUUGGACGCACAGUGGAAUUGAACCUCAAUCCCUGCUGCCAUAGAGGAUUGUUCCUUUGUAAUCCCCCUGGAUCUGUUGGGAAGGCUGCUUCCUUCUGCACACAUUCACCUCUUCCAUGAACUCUAUGAAAGACCCCUUACACUUGGAGCACUUAGCCGGGAGUAAACUGGCAUCAGCAUCUUCCCAUCACCAGUCAGUGACCCUGCUCUCCAUGGCCUCCUCGCUGGGACAGCGCUCUGUGGAGUGUAAGCAAAGGCUGGAGGUGCACACCAUCUCUGACACCUCCAGUCCUGAAGCUGUAGAUAAAGAUAAAACCCACCAAAGUAAAAAUGAGGAUAAUAGCACCGACGACCCUUCCAAGAAGAAGAGACAACGCAGGCAGAGGACUCAUUUCACCAGCCAGCAGUUACAAGAGCUGGAGGCCACUUUUCAGAGGAACCGCUACCCUGACAUGUCCACCAGAGAGGAGAUUGCUGUGUGGACCAACCUCACAGAGGCCAGAGUCAGGGUUUGGUUCAAGAACCGCAGAGCUAAAUGGAGGAAGAGGGAAAGGAACCAACAAGCAGAACUGUGCAAAAAUGGCUUCGGGCCUCAGUUCAAUGGGCUGAUGCAACCCUAUGAUGACAUGUACCCAGGGUACUCCUACAACAAUUGGGCAGCCAAGGGCCUCACCUCGGCUUCACUUUCCACCAAGAGCUUUCCUUUCUUCAACUCUAUGAAUGUCAAUCCCUUAUCCUCACAAAGUAUGUUCUCCUCACCCAACUCCAUCUCCUCCAUGAGCAUGUCCUCCAGCAUGGUGCCCUCUGCAGUCACAGGGGUGCCAGGCUCCAGCCUCAACAGCUUGAAUAACCUGAACAACUUGAGCAACCCUUCCCUGAAUUCUGGUGUGCCAACGCCAGCUUGCCCUUAUGCCCCUCCAACACCCCCCUAUGUCUACAGGGACACAUGUAACUCCAGCCUGGCUAGCCUUAGACUCAAAGCUAAGCAGCACUCUAGUUUUGGAUAUGCCAGUGUUCAGAACCCUGGAUCCAAUCUCAGUGCGUGUCAGUAUGCGGUGGACAGGCCCGUGUGAUGUAUAUAUAUAUAUAUCUAUUUGCAUGUAUGUAUACUAUAUGGGAACCAUCCUUUCUUCAAAGACUCAUCACAUGUGGACUCUAUACAAUAAAGGAGAAAAUAAGAUAAUAAACUGCAACAACACUCAAAAGUGUCUUCUUGACUACAAGAGGUCGACUGCAGUGGACCCUGAGAAUUAUAUAUAUAUAUAUAUAUAUAUAUAUGUGUAUAUGGACACGUUUGACUGGAUAUGGAAUUUUAAUGUUACUCUAAAGCUUGUUAAUUUUUUUUUUCUUCUUAAGUUUAGCAUUGUUAAAAUGGACUGAACGGAUGUACAUAUACUGAAAUGUCAGAUUAAUUUUAUAAGCAGCAGUUGUCGGUCAUAUGAUCUUUACAGUGUUAAUAAUAUGCACCGGGCUUUAAAAUAAAGCAUGCAACGGGAGAGAACCAGAAUCUGCCUCUAGGUGACUGUAUAUAAUGUAUUAACUAUGUGCUCCUCUAGAUAAGUGUUUCCCAACCAG